AUGAGAAUCAAUCCGACUACUUGUGGUCCUGGAGUUCCCCCGCUUGAAAAAAACAACCUAGGGCGUAUUGCUUAAAUCAUUGGUCCGCUAUUGGAUGUAGCUUUUCCACCGAUCAAGAUGCCUAAUAUUUACAACGCUUUGGUAGUUAAGGGCCAAGAUACUGUUGGUCAAAAAAUUAAUGUGACUUGUGAAGUACAGCAAUUAUUAGGAAAUAAUCGAGUUAGGGCGGUAGCUAUGAGUGCUACAGAUGGUCUAACGAGAUGAAUGGAAGUGAUUGACAAAGGAGCUCCUCUAAGUGUUCCAGUCGGUGGAGCGACACUAGGAUAAAUUUUCAACGUGCUUGGAAAGCCCGUUGAUAAUUUAGGUCAUGUAGAUACUCGGACAACAUCUCCUAUUCAUAGACCUAUGCCUGCCUUUAUACAGUUAGAUACAAAAUUAUCGAUUUUUGAAAUAGGAAUUAAAGUAGUAGGUUUUUUAGCCUCUUAUUGCCGUGGAGGAAAUAUAGGACUAUUCGGGGGAGUGGGAGUGGGCAAAACAGUACUCAUUAUGGAAUUGAUCAACAACAUUGCCAAAGCUCAUGAGGUCGUAUCCGUAUUUGGCAGAGGUGAACGUACCCGUGAAGGCAAUGAUCUUUACAUGGAAUUGAAAGAAUCUGGAGUAAUUAAUGAAAAAAAUAUUUCAGAAUCAAAAGUAGCUCUAGUCUAUGGUCAGAUGAACGAACCACCGGGAGCGCGUAUGAAAAUUGGUUUAACUGCCCUAGCUAUGGUGGAAUAUUUUUGAGAUGUUGAUGAACAAGACGUACUUCUAUUUAUUGACAAUAUCUUUCAUUUUGUCCAAGCAGGAUCUGAAGUAUCGGUCUUGUUGAGUAGAAUGCCCUCCGCUGUGGGAUAUUAACCCACUCUUAGUACCGAAAUGGGUUCUUUACAAGAAAGAAUUACUUCUACCAAAGAGGGGUCCAUAACUUCUAUUCAAGCAGUUUAUGUACCCGCGGACAAUUUGACCUAUUGUGCUCCGGCCACAACAUUUGCACAUUUAGAUGCUACUACCAUACUAUCAAGAGGAUUGGCUACCAAAGGUAUCUAUCUAGUAGUAGAUCCUUUAGAUUCAACGUCAACUAUGCUCCAACCUUGGAUUGUUGGUGAAGAACAUUAUGAAAUUGCACAAAGAGUUAAACAAACUUUACAAUGUUACAAAGAACUUCAGGACAUUAUAGCUAUCCUUGGGUUGGAUGAAUUAUCCGAAGAAGAUCGUUUAACCGUAGCAAGAGCACGAAAAUUUUACCUAGCAGAAGUAUUUACCGGUUCACCAGGAAAAUAUGUUGGUCUAGUAGAAACAAUUAGAGGAUUUAAAUUGAUCCUUUCUGGCGAAUUAGAUGGUCUCCCUGAACAGGCUUUUUAUUUGGUAGGUAACAUCGAUGAAGCUACUGCGAAGGCUACGAACUUAGAAACAGAGAAAGUGAAAGAAAUAAUUUUAUCUACUAAUAGUGGAGAAAUCGGCAUAUUACCAAACCACGCGCCUAUUGUCACAGCUGUAGAUAUCGGUAUUUUGAGAAUACGCCUUAACGACCAAUGGUUAAUGAUGGUUUUGAUGGGUGGUUUUGCUAGAAUAGGCAAUAAUGACAUCACUGUUUUAGUAAAUUAUGCAGAGAAAGGUAGUGACAUUGAUCCACAAGAAGCUCAACAAACUCUUGAAAUAGUGGAAGCUAACUUGGGGAAAGCUGAAGGCAAGAGACAAACAAUUGAAGCAAAUCUCACUCUUAGACGAGCUAGGACACGAGUAGAGGCUAUCAAUGUGAUAUCAUAA